AAAAGGAAGUAUCGUAUGGAUAUCUGGAACGUAGAUGAUGUAGAAGAAUUUUAUCUUGUGGAAGCACAACACAGUCGCCUCAAUUCUGGUGUCGCAUUCCCCUACCCUUCGGAUGAGACCAGCUAUACAAUGGUGGAGACCAGUGUCGGAGGAAGCUGCCGUUGCCAAGAGGAGUACAGUUCAGAGGGAGAUCCUCCUACCAAAGGGUGCUGCAGCCCCCAAGUAUUUACCUCGGUACUGCUGGGUAUCCUUGCCUGCGUUCUUAUGACCGGAGGGGUCUUCCUGGCCUUCCACAGGUGGGAUCCCCUUUGGCUCAUCGUGUCGGGAGUAGGUGUUCUCUUAGUCCUCAUAGGGUCCAUUCUACACUGUUGUGGCAAUGAACAGGGCACGAGAAGACCUUCCGGUGGUGGUGGCAAGAGUCGCCCAAUACAGAGCGAUCAUCCUAUCCAUGGCCAUCCAAUUGCCAAUAACGGAAGUCUCACGGAACAGUUGUUACCUCUUAGCAAUGCCAGAUCUGUUAGCCAGCUGUCACUGAAUAUGCUUCCCGGAUACUUCCCGCCUGUCGUCACAACAUAUGGCAUUGAACAGCAUUCUGCUGUUGUCCAGAACAUCAAUCGGAUAGUGCAACAGCAACAGCAGCCGCUGAAUCCGGGAUCGAUCAGUCCGGGUGUUGCUAGCGGAGCCGGAAAGAGCUUCAUUCUUUUAUCCUUGCCUGCCGAUUCAACUCCUGCCAAUAUCCAGAACCUCGUGGCAACAGUUUACCAGCUGGACGGGAGUACUGUUACUGAAUCUCCAUCAGCUGAUGCUAGUUCCCCAGCAUCCCCUGUAACUCCACCAAGGCCUACAACACCAGCUCCUUUGGUUUUAAAAAAUGCAGAAGUGCAGACAUGCAACAUAUGGCCUAACCCAGCACUGAAUCCUGUCCCUGUGCCUAGCAACCAGCUUGUGCAAACUGCUGCCGCCAGUUCCUCUGUCCAGACUGCACCACCACUGAAUGGACCAUCCACCAGUACUGUAAGUUGCAUGGCUCAAACUGAUAGUCUGAAUCCUCCAGCUGCAGAAAUUGUCAACUUAAUGGACUGCUCAUCAGAUAUUCCUUCAAUCUGUGAUAAUGCGCAAAACACAAAUAUCAACACAUCCACAAGCCAGAAUACGAACAUUCCAUUAUCUAAUCCUUCCCCUGUGCUUGUAGAUGUUUGUACAUCCUCUACAGAAGGUGCAACAACUCUUCUUCAAAGUCCACUGAUGGAAGCAAUACCAGAGUCUACCUCAACAAACCUUUUAGAUCUUCCUACACCAACAACUGAUGUUUUAAUACCAGUUGAUGAUAAUGUAAUUGUGAAUAAUUCUGUUGGCAUUGCAGCAACGACUAAUGUUCUUGUUGAUAUUUCUGACAAUACUCAUGAAAUGGGAACUAAUGGCAGUGCAGUGCAUUUACCUGAAGCAGUUGUGAAUGAAGUUCCAAUGUAUAGUCCUUCUCCAAGUAACACUAUCUCAGAAUCAAAUGAUGAUUCAAGACACAUAGUGCAAUUAAUGGCUGGUAGUUCUACAGGCAAUGAUUCGAGAAACACAGUGCAAUCAGUGCCUGGUAGUUCUACAACUGAUGCCAAUCAGCCACCAAUGGGAACUGGCAACUCUGAUCUAUCACUAAGUUGUGAUAACUUAUCUGAUCUUGAUGGAGAGGUGGAUGAUGAAGAAUUAUUAGGCAGGUCUUCACCUCCACCAAGUUAUGAUGAUGUAGCUCAUGAAGGAGAAAAUGCCAUUGGGGCCUUUGGUUUGGCUUAUGGGACCAUAUAAAAAUUUAUUUAUUCGCAAUAUAUUUUUCCUUGCUGGGCAAGUUUUGUUAUGUUUUAUACUAAUGAAUGUUAAUUAGGCAUAAAUAUUAAAUUUCAACUUUUUAUUUUUA